AUGUGGGCCGGGCGACUGCCCUUCUCGCCGUCACUCACGACGACCGUCCACGCUAAACCUCAUUCAGCCACAACACUGCUCGCCUUCACGCGCUGGAGCACUCCUCUCCCUUUGAAAAAUUUUCUCUGGCACUCUCUCAGCCUCCCCAUAAUCGCUACCAAGUAUUUCAGCACACCCACUGCCACCGCAACCGCACCCCUGGCCUCCUUCUCGAAUUACCCAGCAGACUACUACAGCAACCGCCAAUGGACCCAAAGCUCCUCCUCCUGGGUGAAGCGCUCUUUCUCACCUACCGCCUCUACCGCUGGUCACGCUUCUCUGCCUGGGACGCCAUCACUGCCAACCGGAACGCCAGCAUCCACCAGAACCGGCUCAACACUGUGGCUCGUCAGCGCCAACGCUACCUCCUACAACAUUCUCAUGCUGGUCAACGCCCAGCGGGGCUCAAUGUCCAGCGUCCUGCCCGGCGUUAGGAUGGAGCGGCUGAUGAGGCUCUUACCUCGCUCCUCCUACUCGGAGGGCUAUGGGAGCGACAGCGGGCAUUUCCGGCAGCUGUACAAGGAGUCCAUCCAGGAGAUUCGACGACCGCGCCUAAAAGGCACACAUCGAAAGCUGCUUUGGAGCUUCAAGAUGUUCUUCGUGGACACGUACGACUUUGCCAUUGCGAAGUCAAUAGGAAAACACCACCAACGGGCCAGGUCAAGAUGUUCUUCGUGGACACAUAUGACGUUGCCAUCGCAAAGUCAACAGGAAAACAGCUCCAUCAACGAGUUCGAGGGCCAGGUAAAGCUCCAAUCCUCGUAA